GCAGGUGGCUCCUUCACUCCGGUCCUCACGACCCCGUCGGUGAUGUGCUCGGUACCGCCGUGUCGAGCGCCUGCUUCUGAUCCUUAUGGCAGAUCAAUCAUUUAGACCAGAGAGGGAAGUUUUCCUCCAGCGACCCGAGUCUAGAGGCGGAUCAUUGUGGGAGGUUCGGGCUACACGUUGAACGGCAUGAUACUGUGAGGCCGCUGCAUGAGGCAGCCUGGACGGGCAUGAUGGAGGAGGCUGCCAGUCAGCUGGAGAGAGACCAUGUGCACAGUGUCUAUGACAAGAUUGCUCCGUAUUUCAACGACAGCCGCUACAAAGCCUGGCCGAAGGUCCAACAGUUCCUUCUGGACCUGCAGCCAGGGAGCAUCGUGGCUGACAUUGGUUGUGGCAAUGGCAAGUACCUCCACAUCAACAAGGAGGUGUUCAAGCUGGGGUGCGAUGUUUGUCGCCCCUUGGUGGACUUUGCCUGGAGCCAAGGACACGAGGUCCAGAUGUGCGACGGGCUGCAUUUGCCUUACAGAGACGGCUGCUUCGACGCUGUGCUAUCCAUUGCAGUCAUCCAUCAUUUGUCCACCAAAGAACGUCGUAUCCGAGCAAUAAAGGAGAUGGCUCGCACCUUGCAGGUGGGUGGACGCAUCAUGAUCUACGUGUGGGCCAUGGAGCAGAAACGCCGUAAGUUUGAGAAACAGGACAUCUUCGUUCCCUGGAACCCCAACCCGCACUCGCCCUCCGGCUUCACCAGCGAGCACGCCAAACCCAGGAGGAGGGCCACAGCUCAGAGUGUGAGUGAAGCCAUAGACAACGCUGACAAGCACAGGAAGGUUAGAAGCACAUCCUCCGUGGCAGACGAGGAAGAAGAUCUGACGUGUGCCACGCCACAGCAGAGCACACAGAGACUGUGGUUCUUCUCCAGGUCCUUGGAUUCUGUGUUUGACUUUGGAAGCUUAGCCAUCUCACGAUCAUCCUCCAGAGACCUGAGCACUUUAUCUUCUCCCACAGGGGAAAACGAGGGGAACCAGGCCAGCAAGCGUGGGAGAGGGCGACGCCUCAUCAAACAGGUCUCCAGCUUUUUUCUCUCGCCCCCUGUGAUCGGAUCAGAGGAGGACGUCUUCGACUCCGUCACAGACCUGCACAAGGGACAAAAUGAUCCUGGAUGCAACAACAACAACAACGGCACAGAGAACCAGAGUGUCUCAGUAUCUUUAACUCGGGAGUGUGGCUCUCUGGCCCUGCCGGAUCUGGUACCUUUCCAGAAGGAGCACCUGAAGCAGUCUGGAGAGGAAAGGGAAGGAGGGCUGCAGGGAAAAGAGCAGCAGGAAAGCACAAUGAGUCCUCAGGGGAGCGAGGGGCAGGUGGAGGGCUCCUGCCUGAGGUACUACCACGUCUUCAGGGAGGGAGAACUGGCAGAGCUGAUAGAGAAUCAUGUCGAAGAGCUUCAUGUCAAACAAACCUACUUUGAUCACGCUAACUGGUGUGUGGUGGCAGAGAAAGUUCAGUUAUGGAAAAUAUGAUUUUAACUUGUUUGAAUUCUGCCUCAAGUUUUAGCACUGAAUCACACAUUUGAUGGUUAUGCCAUUCUUGUGACUGAAAAGUGAAUACACAAACAUAGCCAUUGUUGAAAGUACACUAACAUACUCUUUUGCUGCAAUUCUCUACAUAACUGUUAGUGUAACUUAAUCGUUUCUGGUAGUAAUAUAGCCUCUUGGUUUUGCAGGAGUUCAACAAUGGCUAUCACUGUAUACUUUACCACAUUUUUAAAGUAUUUAUUACUAUGUCAAUACAUGAAACCAACAAGCGGUAUCCACAUGUCCAGAGUGUGUUCUCUUUUAGUACCAAGAAUUACUUUUUAUUACCAAACCACAGCGAGCUCCAGAGCCGCUGAUGAUUUGAACUCUUUUAAAAGAUCAUUUCUGCACUAGAGAUUUUAAGAAAUGCACUGUUUUUCUCUCUAGACUUUUAAUAUCAGCCUGAGAGGAAUUUGUGGGAAUACAGUACACUCUUCCACCUUCUCUUAGAUGUUUUAAUGCGUUGUUUACAGUGAAAAAUUCAUACUUUAUUCAUUGCGUCUGCCUGUUUUACAUGUUCCUUGACUCUUGAAUAUUAGCUUAAGUAUCUUUUAUGGACUUCUUGGUUGGACUCUGUGAGCUGUCAUUUCUCAUAACACUAUCAUAAGAGGAGCUCAAAGUUUUGCAGAAUAUCUUCCUAAUCAUUUGUGCAUCGGCAUUUUAAUGUCCAAGCGUUUCAAAGAACAUGCUGCCAAUGUGUGUGUGUGCUCGAUGUUUGUAGUAGUUGUACAGUCUUGUGUUAAAGUAACUAAUACACUGCCUCAUAUCCUGUGAAUAAACAUUGCACUGUACCACAAAUAUGUCGCUGCUUGAUGUCGGUGGAUGACAUUAAAAAAUUGUCAAAUCUGAAACCUAUGUGCCAAGGGCGACGCAUAUCCUUAUCAGUACAGUAUGUGUGGACCAACUGUGUUUGUUCUGAAGUGACACUGGUACCUUAAUGUCUUAUGUGACCUGUAAAUACAUUUGAGUUUGAAUUUGUUUUUCCUUAAUAAA